UGGUCCGCCCCAAGGCUUCCCUGAGCUCGCCAGGCCCCAGGGCUGUGUGGGGCGGGCUCCCGGCCAGGCGCGGUCGGGACGCCCGCCGGUCCCCAGGUUCGGGGCAGCGCGCAGCGCGGGUCCGCGGCGGCUUAUCCUUUCUCGCGACCCGGCCUGGCAGCGCCGCGCUCCGCUCGGAGGGCACUCGGCGGCAGAGUCCCGCGCUGGGGAGGGGUGAGGGGACCAGCCGCCUCCUCUGCGGACUCAGAUCGAGCAGGAGAGAGUGGGCGCGGAGCUGGGGCCAGCGCAGGGCCGUGGGCUCCUCUCUGGGCACGCAUCCUUUACGCCACGCGCUUUCAGGGGCUGAGGGGCCUCGAACCUUGCCAAUCACCAGUGCUGUGCACCCCGCUUGCUUUGGGGUGCGUUAAACGUCAGGAGAGAGCUGCUCAGAUGGGGUCACCAGACGCCUUCUCCCCCUUUUCCCGGAGCCCGCGGGUUGCGCGAUAAGCCAACCCAGCCGGACGCUGCGCUCCUAUAAAUAGAGCGCGUGUGCCCGCUUCGCGCUCUCCGGGCUGCGCGAGGGACGAGAAAGUUGUGCGCAGGGACUGGGGGCGGGAGGCCAGGCAGGAGAGGACCCCGCCGGACCAGCUGCCCUGAACGCAGCGCCCGGCGCCCUGGACCUGAUCCUGCGAAUCCGCGCUUUCGGUGCGAGGGACCUGGCUAGCCGCUGCCUCCCUCCCUACCUCUGGGUGACACCAGGUUUGGGGGAUUUUUUUGACCAAGCGAAAGUGGGAGUCGCUGGCGUCCUGGCCAUGAACACAGCCUCGCGUUCUUCUCAGCCUGGGAAGGACCUUCUGCCUCAGUAACUCGUCCCUGCCGCAAGCCAGACAGGACUGGCACCCGCGCCGCUGGGCACCCGCCACCCUUGUGGCUUCUCUUUGAGUCCCCUCUUUUUGUUCCUGCUCCGUGGUUUAGCUGGUGGUGCUUGAGUUUGGGGUGAGAAUUUAUUAUUAUUAUUAUUUUUUACUUUGAGGUGUGAAUGUGAGGGUUUGAUGACUUUUAGAUGUCUAGGAACAAGAGUGGGUGCAGGGGCCCCAGGCAGGGCUGAUUCUUGGGCGGAGGAGAGUAGGGUAAAGGGUUCUGCAUGAGCUCCUUAAAGGACAAAGGUAACAGAGCCAGAGAGAGAGCUCGAGGGGAGACUUUGACUUCAAGCCACAGAAUUGGUGGAAGUGUGCGCGCCGCCGCCACCGUCGCUCCUGCAGCGCUGUCGACCUAGCCGCUAGCAUCUUCCCGAGCACCGGGAUCCCGGGGUAGGAGGCGACGCGGGCGAGCACCAGCGCCAGCCGGCUGCGGCUGCCCACACGGCUCACCAUGGGCUCCGGGCGCCGGGCGCUGUCCGCGGUGCCGGCCGUGCUGCUGGUCCUCACGCUGCCGGGGCUGCCCGUCUGGGCACAGAACGACACGGAGCCCAUCGUGCUGGAGGGCAAGUGUCUGGUGGUGUGCGACUCGAACCCGGCCACGGACUCCAAGGGCUCCUCUUCCUCCCCGCUGGGGAUAUCGGUCCGGGCGGCCAACUCCAAGGUCGCCUUCUCGGCGGUGCGGAGCACCAACCACGAGCCAUCCGAGAUGAGCAACAAAACGCGCAUCAUUUACUUCGAUCAGAUCCUGGUGAAUGUGGGUAAUUUUUUCACAUUGGAGUCUGUCUUUGUAGCACCAAGAAAAGGAAUUUACAGUUUCAGUUUUCACGUGAUUAAAGUCUACCAGAGCCAAACUAUCCAGGUUAACUUGAUGUUAAAUGGAAAACCAGUAAUAUCUGCCUUUGCGGGGGACAAAGAUGUUACUCGUGAAGCUGCCACGAAUGGUGUCCUGCUCUACCUAGAUAAAGAGGAUAAGGUUUACCUAAAACUGGAGAAAGGUAAUUUGGUUGGAGGCUGGCAGUAUUCCACGUUUUCUGGCUUUCUGGUGUUCCCCCUAUAGGAUUCAAUUUCUCCAUGAUGUUUAUCCAGGUGAGGGAUGACCCACUCCUGAGUUAUUGGAAGAUCAUUUUUUCAUCAUUGGAUUGAUGUCUUUUAUUGGUUUCUCAUGGGUGGAUAUGGAUUCUAAGGAUUCUAGCCUGUCUGAACCAAUACAAAAUUUCACAGAUUAUUUGUGUGUGUCUGUUUCAGUAUAUUUGGAUUGGGACUCUAAGCAGAUAAUACCUAUGCUUAAAUGUAACAGUCAAAAGCUGUCUGCAAGACUUAUUCUGAAUUUCAUUUCCUGGGAUUACUGAAUUAGUUACAGAUGUGGAAUUUUAUUUGUUUAGUUUUAAAAGACUGGCAACCGGGUCUAAGGAUUAGAAAACUCUAAAGUUCUGACUUCAAUCAACGGUUAGUGUGAUACUGCCAAAGAACUGUAUACUGUGUUAAUAUAUUGAUUAUAUUUGUUUUUAUUCCUUUGGAAUUAGUUUGUUUGGUUCUUGUAAAAAACUUGGAUUUUUUUUUUUCAGUAACUGGUAUUAUGUUUUCUCUUAAAAUAAGGUAAUGAAUGGCUUGCCCACAGAUUUACCUUGACUAUGAUAUCAUCGACAUGACUUCUCUCAAAAAAAAGAAUGCUUCAUAGUUGUAUUUUAAUUGUAUAUGUGAAAGAGUCAUAUUUUCCAAGUUAUAUUUUCUAAGAAGAAGACUAGAUCAUAAAUCUGACAAGGAAAAAGUUGCUUACCCGAAAUCUAAGUGCUCAAUCCCUGAGCCUUGGCAAAACAGCUCCCCUCCGAGGGAAAUCUUAUACUUUAUUGCUCAACUUUAAUUAAAAUGAUUGAUAAUAACCACUUUAUUAAAAACUUAAGGUUUUUUUUUUUCCGUAGACAUGACCACUUUAUUAACUGGUGGUGGGAUGCUGUUGUUUCUAAUUAUACCUAUUUUUCAAGGCUUCUGUUGUAUUUGAAGUAUCAUCUGGUUUUGCCUUAACUCUUUAAAUUGUAUAUAUUUAUCUGUUUAGCUAAUAUGAAAUUCAAAUAUCCCAUAUCUAAAUUUAGUGCAAUAUCUUAUUUUGUCUUUUGUAUAGGUCAUAUGAAUUCAUAAAAUUAUUUAUGUCUGUUAUAGAAUAAAGAUUAAUAUAUGUUA